GUUUUAAAAAAUAAAUCAGUCCACUUUUUGCCAAUAUUUUAGAUGCCAUUCAAUUCUAAUAAAUUCUCUAUUAAAUAUAAUAAUUGAUUCCAGAAGAUAGUAUGGCUGCAUUAAAUGGACUUGAUACAUCUAUAUCAAAUUCAAAUUCUCACAAAUUUGGGAGUUUAACCUUAACAAAUCCUGAAGAAUUUGUCAUAAGAUUUGGUGGAACAACUCUAAUCAAAAAGAUUCUGAUAGCCAACAAUGGGAUAGCUGCCGUCAAAUGUAUGAGAAGCAUCAGGCGCUGGUCUUACGAAAUGUUUCGCAACGAAAGGGCCAUUAAAUUCGUGGUGAUGGUAACCCCCGAGGACUUAAAAGCGAACGCGGAAUACAUAAAGAUGGCCGAUCAAUAUAUACCGGUCCCCGGAGGUCCGAAUCAUCACAAUUACGCUAACGUGCCACUGAUAGUCGAGGUAUGCGCGAGAGCCGGAGCCGACGCUGUUUGGGCCGGUUGGGGCCACGCUUCCGAAAAUCCGGCCUUGCCCACCGCCCUCGUUCAAUUGGGCGUCGCCUAUUUGGGACCACCAGCCUACGCUAUGAAAGCUUUGGGGGACAAGAUAGCGUCUACAGUCGUGGCUCAGAGUGCCAAGGUUCCCACCCUGGCAUGGAGUGGGUCGGGCAUUAUAAUAGAGAAUCUAGAAACCGCCUGUCUAGAGUCCAAUCGCCACAUGGAAAACACCGCGGAGGAGGACGAAAACGCCUCUUGUAAUCUCAUCCCUCAGGAGCUUUACGACAGAGCAUGCAUUCAUUCGCUCGAACAGGGACUAGAGGCGAGCAAACGUAUCACGUACCCCGUCAUGAUAAAGGCUUCCGAAGGCGGUGGCGGCAAGGGAAUAAGGAAAGUCGUGUGCGAAGAAGAAUUUCCCAUGGCUUUUAAGCAGGUUCAAACAGAAGUGCCUUCCUCCCCUAUCUUUCUUAUGAAGGCGGCGAGCAAAUGCCGCCACUUGGAAGUUCAGCUCCUCGCGGACGUUUACGGAAACGCGAUUUCUCUUUUCGGUAGGGAUUGUUCCAUCCAACGCCGUCAUCAAAAAAUCAUGGAGGAGGCCCCGGUAACUAUUGCAGCAUCUGCCAUCUUGAACGAGAUGGAAAAAUCGGCAGUGCGAUUGGCUAAAAUGGUAGGAUACGUCAGUGCGGGCACGGUGGAAUACUUGUACGAUCCUCUGACCCAAGAAUUCAGUUUUUUGGAACUCAAUCCCAGGCUACAAGUCGAGCAUCCCUGCACCGAAAUGAUUUGCGACAUAAACUUACCGGCCUGCCAAUUACAAAUCGCUAUGGGCUUACCCCUCAAUCGGAUAAAGGACAUACGCCUAUUUUACGGUCUCAACCCGUGGGAAGACGGACCCUUACCGUUAUUAUUCAACGACGCGCCUAGUGAUCAAGUCACCGGAGAAAGGGCUACCAAGAAAAGGGGGGAACCUAGACCUAGGGGGCAUGUUAUAGCCUGCAGAAUAACCAGCGAAAACCCAGACGAGGGGUUUAAACCCAGCUCGGGCCAGAUUCAAGAACUCAACUUUCGGAGCAACAAAAACAUUUGGGGUUAUUUCAGCGUCGCCGCUUCUGGGGGCCUUCACGAAUUCGCCGAUUCGCAGUUCGGCCAUUGUUUUUCUUGGGGGGAAACCAGGGACGAGGCCAGGCAGAAUUUGGUGGUCGGCUUAAAGGAAUUGUCUAUUAUGGGCGAUUUUAGGACAACUGUCGAGUACCUAAUCACGCUACUGGAAACCGAAAGCUUUCAGAAGAACAUCUUUGACACGGAAUGGUUGGACAAAUUGAUAUCGGAAAAAUUUCAAUCCGAAAAACCGGACACCAUGAUGGGCGUUAUUUGCGCGUCGAUCCACGUGGCGGACCAAACGGUUUCCCUGAGCCUUCAAAAGUUUAAGAACGCCCUAUCCAAGGGCCAAAUCCUGCCGGCCAACAGCUUGACUCACACGGUUACGGUUGAUUUGGUGAGGGACAUGGUUAAGUAUAGCGUCCAGGUUACCAAAACUGGACCCAAUACCUACUUUUUGCUGAUGAAUGGUUCCUACAUCGAGAUCGAAGCUCAUAGGUUGAGCGACGGGAGCCUGCUCUUCAGCUUGUACAACCAAUCCUUCAACAGUUAUAUCAAGGAGGAAUCUGGGGGGCGUAAAUACAGGGUGGUUUUAGGUAACAAAACGUGUUGCUUUGACAGAGAUGCCGCCGACCCUACAGCCCUUCGAGCCGUAUCGCCGGGUAAACUCUUGGAAUAUUGCGUCGAGGAUGGGUCAUUCGUAACGAUCGGUCAAGUUUUCGCUCAGAUAGAGGUUAUGAAAAUGGUGGUCUCCCUGAAGGUCGAAGAGAGUGGCAUAUUGCGCUACGUCAAGAGACCAGGGGCCAUCUUAGAAACCGGAACUCUCAUAGCUAGGAUCGAGAUAUCCGAUCCCAAGAAGAUCAAAAGAGCCAGCAAAUAUCUCGGAACAUUCGCCCAGGUCACUCCACCAAUCGCGCCUGCUCCCGCUUUUCAAAAUGUUCUCGGUAGGAGGACCUCUUCCAUAGAUUUCAGGAAGAGCUCUCUAGAAUUUCCUAACAUAGCGGUCGAUACGGAAACCGUCGGCGGCAACGUGGGGGAAGAAAGGCUCAACCGCAUUUUCGAAGGCCUUAAAUCCAAGUUGGAAAACAUGUUGAACGGGUACGAUCUGCCCGAGCCUUAUUUCACCUUGAAGUUGGAAUCCACCGUGGACGCCUUCAUGAAAUGUCUCAGGGAUCCCAAACUGCCUCAACUGGAACUGGAGGAAAUAAUUUCCUCCCUGAACGGUAGGAUUCCGGCCGAGUUACUCUCCCACAUCGUCAGGUUCAAGGUGAGCUACGGUUCCAACAUUACGUCCAUGCUCUGCCAGUUUCCCAGUCAGGGCAUCGCCAGGGUUAUCGACGAAUACGCUGCUCGGUGCUUGGAAAAGCGGAGCGCUAGAGACGCCUUCUUCGCUACCGUUGCUCCAUUGGUUAGACUCAUUCAAAGAUAUCGCAAUGGCAUUAGAGGCCAUAUGAAGUUGAUGGUUCAAAAUCUGCUCAAGCAAUACCUGAAUGUCGAGACAUAUUUCCAAAACGGUUCUUACGACAAAUGCGGUGCCAAGUUGCGCGAAACGCUCUACAAAGAGGAUCCUGAUAUGGCUCUUUCCUGCUUCACCGCCCACGCUCAAUGCGAGAAAACCACUCUGAUAGCGUUGGCCCUUAUAGAUCAUCUUUGCAGAUACGAACCGGGUCUCACGGAUGAAUUGAACAUAAUAUUCGGGCACUUGGCGAACUUGUCGCAAGCGGUAAACGGAAAAGUUGCACUGAGAGCUAGACAAGUUUUGAUAGCUUCUCAUCAGCCAUCUUACGAACUUAGGCACAAUCAAGUCGAAAGCAUAUUUCUAUCUUCCAUCGAUAUGUAUGGUCACGAAUUCUGCCCAGAAAAUUUACAACGUCUCAUAUUUUCGGAGACUGCCAUUUUCGACGUUUUGCCCGAUUUUUUCUUCCACAAAAACAAGAUCGUUAGACAGGCCUCGCUCGAAGUAUACAUACGGCGCGCCUAUAUAGCUUACCAGCUCCAUUGCCUCAUGCAUUACGAGUUGAACGACGAUAUAUGCGUAGUCGAGUUUCAGUUUAUCCUUCCUUCCUCCCACCCAAACAGGGCGAUGGUUCCGGCUCGGCAACAGGAGAGGCGUAUGUCUAGGAUAAACGGCGAAAACAUUUCCGUUUACGCUCAACGCAUGGGAGCUAUGGCAGCUUUCACGAGUUUCGAACAAUUCGAGAAGUACUUCCCUCUGAUCUUAGAAAAGGUGUCAAUCAUGGAUGCCCAUAUACCUAGGUUGAUAGAUCCGGACACUGGCUCAUUUUCUCAAGAGCAGCCGUCCCAAUCCGAGGAACCGAUACUCAUACUCAACGCCGCCAUUAGCCUGACACCUGUCUCUUCCACCCCCGGGUUAUCUUCGUCCACAAAGACCAACGUCCCCUCGGUCCACAUGGAAUGCGCGGCAUCCUUGACUAGCCGGAUCAGGCCCUCUCUGCGAGAAGACGACGCUAUAGCUCUGAAGUUCGAGAGAUUCUGUCAGAGCCAGCGCGACGUAUUGAAGGCCAAGGGCAUAAGGAGACUCACAUUUUUGAUCGUUACGGGUCUAGUCGGGAUCACGCCAACUACACAAGAAGCUCGAGACAACAAGGUCAAUCACCAAAUGUUCCCCAAAUAUUUUACGUAUCGCCUAAGGGACGAUUUCAAGGAAGACAGAGUCUACAGGUACCUGGAGCCGGCCCUCGCCUUCCAGCUCGAAAUAAACCGGAUGAGGACUUUUGAUCUCGAAACGAUUCCCACCGCCAAUUACAAAAUGCACAUGUAUUUGGGUAGAGCCAAGGUGGCCAAGGGGAGGGAAGUGAACGAUUAUCGAUUUUUCGUGCGGGCCAUCGUCAGACAUUGCGAUUUGGUAUCCAAGGAGGCCUCCUUCGAGUACCUUCAAAAUGAAGGUGAACGGAUCUUGCUGGAAGCGAUGGACGAACUGGAACUGAUAUCUUGGCACCCCGACGCCAAAAAGGCGGACUGCAAUCACAUUUUCCUCAAUUUCGUGCCGACCGUCGUCAUGGACCCCAUCAAGAUCGAGGAAAGUGUCCGGGGAAUAGUGGACCGGUAUGGCCACCGGCUUUGGAAGCUCAGAGUUUUGCAGGCCGAAAUCAAGGUGGCUGUUAGGUUGACCUCUGUCAGCAAACCCCUUUCCCUGAGAAUAUUUGUCACCAACGAAAACGGUUAUUACGUAGAUAUCAGCACCUACCAAGAAGUCACCGACCCUACUACCGGCCAGAUAAAAUUCGAAGCAUACGGCCCCGUCAAAAAAGGUCCUCUGCACGGCCAUUUGCUGAGUUCGCCUUACAUGACGAAGGAUCACCUGCAGCACAAAAGGUUCCAAGCCCAAUCUAACGCCACCACCUACGUUUACGAUUUCCCGGACUUUUUCAAGCAGAACUUGAUCGAUAACUGGAAACGGUUUUUAGCAGAUUUAAAGAUCAUUAGAGUGCGUAACGGGGCCAAGACUAAAGAGUCAGAGUCGAAAGAACUUCUUGUACCCUCUUUCGAAGAGAUAGUUAUGCCCGAGAGGGUAGCCAGUUUUACGGAAUUGGUCCUGGACACCAACGACGAACUGGUCGAAUGCGAGCGUCUCCCGGGAGGCAACGAUAUAGGCAUGGUCGCUUGGAAAACUACGCUAUACACUCCCGAAUACCCAAAAGGCCGGGACAUAAUAGUCAUAGCGAACGACAUAACAUUUAAAAUCGGUUCUUUUGGCACCCGGGAAGAUUUGCUCUACUACAAGGCGUCGGAGCUGGCCAUGAAAUUGAAAAUUCCCAGGCUAUACAUUUCUUCCAACAGCGGCGCCAGGAUAGGUAUAGACGAGGCCCUCAAAAACAAAUUCAAGGUUGCGUGGGAAGAUGAACGCGAUCCGAAUAAAGGCUUCAAGUACCUCUAUCUCAGCCCCGAAGAUUACGAAAAAGCCAAAAAUAACAACUCCAUCAUUGCUCAACCUGUGAAAGUUCCGCUCAAACCUAUUUACUGUAACGGAGAUGUCACGGCCAAAAAUGACAUUCGCCAUGAUACGAGCGAUAACAAGAGAACGGCGGAGGAAUUGCGGUACAAAAUAGAUUGCAUUAUCGGUACACAACCAGAUUUGGGGGUCGAAAAUUUGAAGGGCAGCGCCAUGAUUGCAGGCUGCACGUCUAGGGCCUAUAGAACGAUCCCUACAUACGGUAUAGUAACGUGUCGGUCUAUAGGUAUAGGAGCGUAUCUCAUCCGACUGGGCCAAAGGGUGGCCCAGGUGGAGAACAGUCACGUGAUAUUGACGGGUUCGGCUGCUCUGAACAAACUGUUGGGAAGGGAAGUUUACACUUCCAAUUCUCAGUUGGGAGGACUUCAAAUAACCCACAACAACGGGGUAGCCCACGCCUCUUGCACCAAUGAUUUGAGCGCCGUUGCCCUCUUCCUGAAUUGGAUAUCCUUCGUUCCCAAGGUAACUGGUGAAAAUCUUCCCAUCACACCUCUCUACUUGCUAAAAGAUCCUGUAGACAGACCCAUAGGUUUUACGCCUACCAAUUCUCCUUACGACCCGAGAUGGAUGUUGAGCGGUAAAGACAUUGGCGCCAUAGGUCGCGCCCAUUCUUUGGACUCUUCCGUUUCCCCUUCUACCAAUGGGAAUACUCCUAACUCUCCCGGUCUGAACGCCCCUGCAGAACAGGACCAGCUUCGUGGGUCGAACAAAUUUUUAACCGGAAUCAUGGAUAUGGGUUCAUUCGACGAGAUAAUGAAACCGUGGGCCCCGACGGUUAUAUGCGGGCGAGCCCGACUUGGCGGGAUUCCUCUGGGGGUUAUAGCUGUUGAAACAAGAACCGUCGAGAUAGAUAUACCCGCCGAUCCAGCCAACCUCGACUCCGAAGCCAAGAAAAUAAGCCAAGCCGGUCAAGUGUGGUUCCCGGAUUCGGCUUAUAAAACUUCGCAAGCUAUAAAAGAUUUUGACAGAGAAGGUUUGCCGCUCAUGAUUUUCGCGAAUUGGAGAGGUUUUUCUGGCGGUAUGAAAGACAUGUUUGACCAAGUCCUAAAAUUCGGCGCGUACAUAGUGGACGCCCUCGAACAAUAUUCCCAACCCGUCAUCAUAUACUUACCCCCUUACAGCGAACUGAGAGGCGGGGCUUGGGUCGUGCUAGAUCCAGCCAUCAAUCCCGCCCAUAUGGAGAUGUACGCCGAUAAGGACAGCAGGGGCGGCGUGUUGGAACCGACGGGUACCUGCGAGAUAAGAUUCAGGUGGAAGGACGUUGUCAAAGUUAUCGAGAGACUAGACGAGCAGUGCAAGGAAAUCAAAGAAAAAUUGCUCAGGAAUUCCAAAUCCCAGCCCGAUACCCCGCCCGCACACGAUAAAUCCUCUACCGCCUCUGUCGCCGGUUCCGACAAGAACGCCGAAACCCAGAGUUUGGGAUCCACGUCCAGGGACGAAAAAUCUAAACUACCACAAACGCUUCAAGCUUUGGACGAGUCUAUCAUCAAAGCCUUGAAUCUUGAAAAAAGCAAAGAUUUCAGGGACCAAACAGGCGAGGAGCAAUUGACCUCGGAUGAUAGAGUGAUAUUGGAACGUUUACUCAAGCAGAGAGAGGAAUUCCUUAAUCCCAUAUACCAUCAAGUCGCUGUCGCCUUCGCGGACCUUCACGACAGACCCGGCCGUAUGCUAGAGAUGGGUGUUAUCAAAGAAAUCGUUGAAUGGAAGGAUGCCAGAAAAUUUUUCUAUUGGCGCUUCCGGCGUUUGAUCCUCGAAACGAAUGUUAAAAAUUUGGUUAAAUCUUGCUUGCCCACCCUAGGUCGCCAUGAGAGCGAUGACCAAGCCCACAUAUUGUCGACCAUCCACAGAUGGUUUUUAGAGGACAAAGGAUCCCAAAAGUCGUAUCUCUGGGACGAUAACGCCAGCAUGGUAGACUGGUACGAACGCCAAUUGGAUUCGCUCAAGGGUGACUCUUCGAUCAUACGCGAAAAUAUCGCCGUGCUCAAGAAACAGAAAAUAAUCGAUGACAUGAAAAAGAGCAUAUCUGCCAAUUCAGAGGACGCCUUAGACGUGGCCGUAGCUAUAACCCAAACACUAAACCCACACCAGCUCGAAGAAUUGUCGAAUCUGAUCAAUCAAACCAGGGCCCGCUCUCCUAUCCCCGAUAUUCCUUCCUUACCCGAUCUCCAAACCAAUAGUCUUGCUCAAAGGAAUGAGACAGAAACUCAAACGCUGCCGGAUAUACUCCCGGCUAACAUCGAUAAUUCUAAUAUAACGGGCAAUGAUUGAUUGAAUGACAUUAAUACGGCUAACAUCGAUAAUUUCUGAUAUAACCGCCACUGAUCUAUUCAAGUAACAUUGAUAGACUCAUACAUUUAUGGCGGUUAUAAUCAAUGUCAUUGGCUGCAGUGGACGCCAUUUUAUUGCAUAUAAUUUGACAAUUUAUAAAACAUCGAAAAUGUACAUUUUUACACAAAAAUUUAUUUUACUGUAACAUUGUUUCCCUUUUUUUUCGACGAAUUUUAUUUUGUGUGACAACUUUCGGUCAAUAUUGACACACAUAUUUAGCUACGAAAAAGAGAAAUUCAUCAAGAAAAUAUUCUAUGUAUCUUGAUAAUUUUGAAAAUAUUUUAUGAAUUUAUGUUUAAAUAUCUUGUCCAUAGAAGGCAUAAUUAACAAACAACGAUGAAAUAAUUUUUA